AUGCGCAACCUCAUCACGGACGAAGCGCAUGCGGUGGACUUCCCCGAACCCGUCUAUACAGUCCAGCAGGGAGGAAACCCGGAGUUCAAUACAAAUACCCUCCGUUUCAACUACGCCUCGCUCGUUACCCCGAUGUCGGUUUUUGAUUAUGAGAUGGACGCCAGAACGCGCGAACUGAAGAAACAGGACGAAGUUCUCGGUGGAUACGACCCGUCCCUUUACGAAUCGGAACGAAUUUUUGCCAAAGCGGCUGACGGUACGCCCGUCCCGAUCUCGCUGGUCUAUAAAAAAGGGUUGGUCAAAGAUGGGGGUGAUCCGCUGCUUCUAUACGGAUACGGCUCCUACGGCAUCAACAGCGAACCCUAUUUUUUAUCGAACCGCUUGAGCCUGUUAGAUCGCGGCUUCAGAUGCGCUAUCGCUCACAUUCGGGGCGGCGAAGAGAUGGGGCGAGCGUGGUAUGAGAAUGGCAAACUUCUCCACAAAAGAAAUACAUUUACCGACUUUAUCGCCUGCGCCGAGCACUUAAUCGCUGAGAAAUAUACUGCGAGCAGCAAGAUAGUUAUUGAAGGCGGUAGCGCGGGCGGACUGCUCAUGGGCGCAGUCACAAAUAUGCGUCCGGAGCUUUUUGAGAUUGUUAUCGCAAAAGUGCCUUUCGUCGAUGUCGUCAACACCAUGCUCGACGCCUCUAUCCCCCUGACUGUCAUUGAGUAUGAUGAGUGGGGCAACCCUAACGAGAAAAAGUUUUACGAUUACAUCAAAUCGUAUUCCCCCUAUGACAAUAUUGAGGCGAAAGAGUAUCCGCAUAUCUUGGUGACAGCGGGACUCAACGACCCGCGGGUACACUAUUGGGAGCCUGCCAAAUGGACAGCGAAACUACGCACAUUGAAAACAGAGGAUAAUCAACUGCUUCUCAAAACCGAGAUGGGUGCGGGCCAUGGGGGACCUUCAGGGCGGUACGACUACCUGAAGGAAAUGCUUUUGAGUAUGCGUUUAUCUUCGAUCUGUUAG